GGCGCGGCCCGUCAUGCAGCGCGAGCAAGAAGACCGUCUCUAACCGGCCAUUUUAGGCGAAUUCGAUCGGUUUUUGCAGGCUCGCAGCAUCCGAGCUGAAUCCACCGCUUCGGGGGCCCAUCAUGCCCGGGAAUUUACAGGAAGGCUUCGGCUGCGUCGUGACCAACCGGUUCGACCAACUCUUUGAUGAUGAAUCCGACCCAUUCGAGAUUUUAAAAGAGGCCGAGAUCAAGAAAGACAAGAAGGAGAAAGACCCCAAGACGGCUGCCUCUAAGCAGCAGCAGCAGCAGCCCAGGAAGGAGUCUCAGAAAGAUAGGAAGGUGCCCGUUACAUCCAACGACAGUAAACCAGAGUCUCAAGCGCCUGUGACCUUGAGGAAAGAAGGCGUCAGGAGAGUUGGCAGGAAACCUGAGCAGCAGCACCCCCAAGGUGAAGGGAAACCUGUUGACAGGAGACCAGAUAGAAGACCACAACCUCGUGAAAGGCGCUUUGAACGACCAGUGGAAGAAAAAACUGAAGGAGGCGAAUUUCCAACUGAAAACCGGCCGCUAGAUCGUGACAGACCCCCGCGUGGACGUGGAGGCGGAAGAGGGCGUGGACGUGGCCGUGGUUUGGGAAGGGGUGAUGGUUUUGACUCCCGUGGAAAACGUGAAUUUGACAGGCACAGUGGAAGUGACCGAUCUUUCUCUUCCAGUAGUCUGAAACCCGAGGACAAACGAGGUGGCAGUGGAUCGCAUAACUGGGGAACUGUGAAGGAUGAACUUGGCGAACUUGAUCAAUCUGCUGUUACUGAAGAGGCACCUGAGGGAGAUGAGCAACAAGUAGUUGAUUCUGAGAACAAGGAAAAUGAAGUAGAAGAAGUCAAGGAGGAAGGCCCAAAGGAAAUGACUCUCGACGAAUGGAAAGCCAUGCAAGAUAAAGAACGGGCAAAAGCUGAGUUUAAUAUUCGCAAACCCAAUGAGGGCUGUGACAGCAGUCAGUGGAAAAAGGGUUUCGUUUUGCGCAAGCCUAAAGCUGAAGAGAAACGUUUUGAGAAUGAAGAUGUCGCUCCCUUGGAAUAUACGGUCACUACCGAUGAAUCUGGUCUGGACCAUCACUUCCGCAAACCUGCAAACGAUAUAACCUCUCAGCUGGAGAUCAAUUUUGGUGAUUUGGGUCGCCCUGGCCGUGGCGGCCGAGGCCGAGGUGGCCGUGGCCGUGGUGGUAAUGCUGGUGGUGGCGGUGGUGGCGGCGGUAGCAGGAGCAUUCGUGGAAUGAGACCAGACAAGUCUAGCAUCUCUGUUCCAAAUGUUGAUGAUCCAGAAGCUUUUCCAGCUCUGGCCUAAGUGGAAGCCGUCAGCCUGGCCUGAAGUCCUCGGAGGAGGGGGGGAAGGCUCCCACUCUGUGAGGCUUGCAUGCUUAAGGAACCCUUCUCAACCAUAUUAACAGAAAAAGAAAAAAAAGACUAUCAUCCAUGCCAUUCACACCUAUGAACUGUUCACAAGGAAUUGUUGAAAUGGACUUCUCUUGCUACACAGAAGCAACAAAUAUUGAUAGCUGAUUUUAUAUCCAUAACAAUGGUAGCAGAGGGGAAAAGCUGUUUUCAUAAUAAAUUUUCAGAAAUUAUGCAUUCUU